UGUGUCCGUAGUUUAAAUACAAACACUUGAAUUUGAACUUGAAUCGAGCUUUGAAAUAUUUUCUGGUUGUUGUUUUCUCCCCCACUGGCGUUCAAAGAUGUAACAAGUUCUAAUUUAUGUAAAUUUAAAAUCAGUUUUGGCAAAUUAAUUACAGUGAUUAACUUAAAAUGCCAACUUCGACAUCUAACGUGUAUAUGGCCCUGGCCUGUUUGGGCUUCCUGAAUUUGGCGACCGCUGCCAGCGUCCCAAGCAACACCCAUGACGUGUUAGUAACUCUUGACAAGGGGCAGCAACUACGAGGCGUCAAGGUGAAUCUAGGUACAGGAGAGGCCGUCAACAAAUUCUAUGCUAUACCAUACGCUAAACCCCCAACUGGUAGGUACACAUAUGCUCUAUAGAUCUAUGGUGUAUGUUCUUUAUAUCUGAUUCUAAUCAAUGAAUCAUUGAAAUGAUGACAAUGUAGCUUUCUCCAAAAUUUAAAUAUUUCUUCACGGAAGUGCAUUUUUUGACCACUUUUUACCUUAUCGCGCAUAGCGAAAAUCUGAAUUAACCAAUGGGAAUCCAACCUAGUUAUCUUUCCCUACUUCACUUCCUAACCCAUGCUCACUUCACACAAUGACGCUGUGGCCGUUUUCAAAAACAGUAAAUUUACAACAACUAACCUUUUUUUUUUUUUUUUUUUUUUUUUUACUUCUCACAACCUCUUGUGAGAUAUAUUUUGUGAUAUCAUUAUUACAAUGUUAGCUUUUGGUAUGUUUUGGUAUGUUUUGGUAUGUUUUGGUAGGUUUUGGUAUGUUUUGGUAUGUUUUGGUAGGUUUCGCCGAAAUGUAUUAGUUUGCCUUGACGAGACUUAAAGUGAUUCCGUUAUUUCACAUUUCACUCCAAAAAUACAUCCACGACAUGAAUUUAUGUGUUCGUCCAAUCCCUUUGUCCACCUUUCAUUCGAUGCUUUCGCUUCUAUUAUACUCCAGGACAAUUGCGGUUUGAACCUCCGGCCGCCGCCCUAGAAUGGACAGGGGUCAAGGACGCAAAGACACCCGGCACAAUCUGUCACCAAAAGCCACGAGCGCACAUGGAGCACGCGCGGUCAGAAGACUGUUUGAACCUGAGCGUGUUUUCCCCCAACCUGAACACAUCCCACCCCGUGCUCGUCUGGAUCCACGGUGGCGGCUUCCACGAGGGCUCGCAGUACGGCGACGGCAGCGGGGCGACGCUGACUCGAUUCGGUCUGGUCGUCAUCAUGAUCAACUAUCGUCUCUCGCCCUUCGGCUUCUUGUCCACUGGCGAUGACGUCAUGCCUGGAAACUACGGCAUGCUGGACCAGGUCAUGGCGUUGAAAUGGGUUCGCAAGUACAUCCAUUUCUUUGGCGGAGACCCCGCUCAGGUCACCAUCGCCGGGGAAAGCGCCGGGAGCCACAGUGUUGCUUUCCAAAUUCUUUCACCCUUGUCGAAAGGCUUGUUCCACCGGGCCAUCAUGGAGAGCGGGUCGUCCCUUUCUUCGUCAGCCUGUGAAAAGCCAGGGACAUUGGUUAAAGUGAAAGACUUCACGAGAGCCAUCGCCACAAGCAUCGGGUGUGGGACCGCGAACUCGUCGGCGUUGCUGCACUGCCUCAAACUUGUAGACGCUGGUCGUCUGCUCAAUGCGUCAGACGCCGCCGAGCAGAAAUUCGGCAUAUCCUUCAUAGGCAUCCCCAGAGUGGAGAGAAAGUUCGGGUUCCUCCCCGAUCAUCCGAAGAACAUGAUCUCUAGCGGUCAUUUUAACAACGUGGAUACUCUUAGGGGUUUCAACACGGGCGAGUGGGCCUUCGUUAUUCACGAUACUGCCAACGACGGGGUCACGAGGCAAGAAUUCACACGGUAUUUUAGAGAAUAUUUCCGAAAGAGCUCCUUUGUCAACGAUGACGCAAUAGAGCGACUCGUGGAGAGGGCUUACCUCGUGAACGAGACGGACCCCGUGAAAAUUCGGAAAAGCCUGGUCGACGCCCUGGCCGAUUUGACCUACGGUGGCGCCGCCCUCCUUGAGCUGGAGAAAACCGCCGAGGCAGCGGGUCUCACGACCCAGCACUACUUCUACGAGUUCAGCUACAGGGCGAACAACACGGCGACCCCACAGUGGAUGGGCGUGGCCCACGCCGCGGAGAGGCAGUUCGUGUUCUUCGACCCCACCUCGGCAGCCCGGACGAACACGGAUAAGGCAGUCGGCGCGGAAGUUCAAAGGAUGUGGACGAACUUCGUCAAAUUCGGCAACCCGACCCCGACAGGGAGCGGAGACGGCGCCGCGCACUGGGACCGUUUCACGCCAACUAAUAAGGCCAUGAUGCUGAUCGGUGCUCACCCGGUUCUAGAGAAGGUCCCGAGACCUUUCGUUAUCCCCCUUUAUGAGCAGGUCCUGCAUCUUAUGCACGAGGUUAACGCUGUAACGACAGAUCCCGUUAUCGGCUGAGAUGACUCGAGGUUCAAAAAUCGAUUUUUUUUUUUUUCAAAUGCGUUGUUACGUGUACCCGAGGAGGGUUCUAAAAAUAAAAUAAAAUGCAAAGAAAAA